AGAAGAAGAAGAAGAAGAAUUCCAGCUUUAGAAGAGAAUCGUCAGUAUACAAACUUCUACCUUGGGUUCUCGCUGGAAAUAAGAACUAUCAAUGUCAGCUGAAUCCUGAUCUUGGGUUUCGCUAAAACCUUCCAAAAGAAGAGAAAUAAGUGGUCCCUACUUGCAAUUCUAAAAUUUUGAUUUAGGUAUUGCUCAUCAGAAAACUACCAACUUGUCAUUGAAAAUCCCACAGUAUCAGCAAAAAGAUAUCAUUUGAUCAGUUUUCGCAGGAGAAGGUAGAGAAAUUCCAUUAGAGCUGAUAUGGGUUCCUGCUGCUGCAAGCCUAAGGUUCCCCAAUCUCCUGACCAGGCCACCGAUCAAUCGUCCUACCCCCAGCCCCUAUCCCCGCCUCUUUUAACCCGAUCUCCCAAGACGGUUCGUCUCAUGCCUGACAACAUCCUUGGCAAACCAUUCAAAGAUGUGAAAUCUUUCUACACAAUUGGGAAAGAACUAGGUCGAGGGCAAUUCGGCAUAACUUACCUUUGUACUGAGAAAUCUACAGGAUUACAGUAUGCCUGCAAAACAAUAUCAAAGCGGAAGCUCAUGAACAAAAACGAUAAGGAGGGCAUCAAGAGGGAGGUUCAGAUCAUGGAGCAUUUGACAGGCAAUACGAACAUUGUCAAAUUUAAGGGGGCGUAUGAAGAUAAAAAGUCUGUGAAUCUUGUGAUGGAGCUGUGCUCUGGUGAGGGGAUCUUUGAUCACAUCAUUGCCAAGCGACAUUACUCUGAGCAGGCCUCUGCCACCAUCUGCAGGCAAGUCGUGAAUGUCAUUGAUGUUUGCCAUAGCAAGGGUGUGAUGCAUAGGGAUAUAAGGCCUGAGAAUUUCUUGUUGUCAAGCAAGGACAAAGGGGAUUUGCUGAAAGCUACAGAUUUUGGGUUGUCAGUCUUCAUUGAGAAAGGAAAAUUGUACAGUGAUAUGGUAGGAAGCGCGUAUUAUGUUGCUCCUGAAGUAAAGCAGGGCAGUUACGGGAAGGAAAUAGAUAUUUGGAGUGCAGGCGUUAUUUUGUAUAUUCUUCUUAGUGGUGUUCCUCCUUUCUGGGCUGAAACGGAGAAGGGAAUUUUCGACGCCAUCUUGCAAGGGGAUAUCGACUUUGAAGCGAAGCCCUGGCCAUCUAUAUCGAACAGUGCAAAAGAUCUUGUUAGGAAGAUGCUAACACACGAUCCAAGGAAACGAAUUACUUCAGUGCAGGUUCUUCAGCAUCCAUGGAUUAGAGAAGAUGGAGAAGCAUCAAACAAACCAAUUGAUGGUGCAGUUAUUGCUAGGAUGAAGCAAUUCAGGGCAAUGAACAAGUUCAAGAAGCUUGCACCAAAGGUCGUUGCGGAGAAUCUUUCAGAAGAAGAAAUCAAAGGCUUGAAAUUAACGUUCACAGAAAUGGACAGCGACAAGAGCGGUACAAUCACCUAUGAAGAACUGAAGGCAGGGUUGGCACAACUGGGGUCUAAGCUCUCGGAGGCCCAAGUCAAGCAGCUCAUGAGUGCUGCUGACAUUGAUGGAAAUGGGACAAUCGACUACAAUGAAUUCAUUACUGCCACGAUGCGUAGACAUAGACUUGAAAGAGAUGAUAGUUUAUACAAAGCCUUUCAGUAUUUUGAUAAAGAUAAGAGGGGGUUUAUCACCAGAGACGAAUUACAACGGGCCAUGAACGAGUAUGGUAUGGGUGAUCAAUCCAGUAUUGAGGAAAUAAUAUCAGAGGUGGAAACAGAUAAUGAUGGGAGGAUCAAUUAUGAGGAAUUUUAUUCAAUGAUGAGGAUUGGAUUACAGCAACCAACAUAAAUUCCCUAGUUUCUAUGGCAGUGAUUUUGCAAUGCAGUGACCGGAUGCUAUUGGGAAGGUCUUAUCAUUCAACACAAACCUCGCGAUUGCUGAAUUGAGCCUUGUGUUGAUUUAAAGAGUGAAGUGACCUUAUUGAAAUUCAGACACAUGCUGUCUCUUGAUCUUGUUGCUUGAGUCUUAUACCUAAAAUGCAGGGGAUUCAAGCAUGUUAGCUAUUAGUUUGUAUAGGAAUUAUGGUUCCUGGCCAUCAAUCAUUUGUUGAAGAGUUAAGACUUGUGUUCAUGGGGGUCCAUCUUCCAACAGUCCAAAAUUUGAAAUAAUGAGCCUCACGGUGGAUAGAGGAUGCCCUGGAAAUCUCUUAGGUUGAGUAUUUUAACUCUGACAUUCUCUCCAUUAGAUGUGUGUUGUUGAUGUAAAUUUAUUUUUUGUUUUUUGGUUCUCUCAACCAUGUAUUGGUAAGGCCAAAUAUCAAUGGACUUUGAGUUCAGAGAUCUCCAUGGCAUUCCAUCUAUGGUAAGGCCCAUCUCUCUUGUAUAAAUUGUGAAAUUCAUAUAUUUGUUAAUUCGUAGACAUUGGUUUGUAUAAGUCAUUAUGAGCAACCUCUUGUAUAUUUUAAAUAUAAUUACAAUUUUUCCUUUA